AUGGGCUCGCUGGAGACCCUCAUCGUGGAAGUGGCCAUCCUCACACCCGAAGCGCUUCGAGCGGUCGUGCACGCUUGCCUUCAACUGAAGAGCCUGACUGGCAAGUGCCUGUCGGAUGACUUCCUGAAGCUGCCCCUGAGUCUGCCGGCGGCAUCCGACCAGGUCGGCGGCUCUAUUCGCGCAGUGUCUGAGUCUGCGGGGCACGGGCUUCUUCAGUUGCACCUCUUGAAUCCCACCAAAGUAGACGAUCCUGCGGACACCACGAAGAUCACACGCUUCUUGGACGAGCUGUUCCCUCAACUCCGCGUCAAUCUGUGUGUGCCUAAGGACACCUACACAUUCAAGAAUCAGGAGAACUGGAGACCCAUUCUGCGAGAGGUGAUGAGGAUUCAAAGUCGUACGUAG